AACUAUUGCAGAUUGUGUAUUCAACCAAAUAAAAAGUCGUUUUGAGGGUUCUUAUUUUGCUGAAAAUAUUAGGGAAGAAUCAAUGAGUCCUAACCGACUAAAACCAAUACUGCAAGAACUUCUUUCAACUAUUUUUAAACGUGCUGAUUUGGUGAUAAAUUCCAAAGUAACAGAAACAAUGCUUAGACGAAAACGAGUUCUUAUUGUUUUUGAUGAUGUGACAACUUUGGGUCAAAUAGAAUCUUUAGUUGGAGAUAUGAAUUCCUUAGGUCCAGGAAGUCGAAUUAUUAUAACAACUACAGAUAGACAAGUCCUUCGAAAUUAUGUAGUGGAUGAAAGAUAUAUAUAUGAGAUGAGGGGGUUGCCUGAGGAUGAAGCUCUCCAACUUUUUAGUUGGUACGCUUUUAAGCAAAGUAAUCCUAACAAAGAUUAUUAUGACCUAUCAAAAAGGGUUGUAAAAUAUGUUGAAGGUGUUCCAUUAGUUCUUAAAGUGUUGGGCUACCAUUUAUUUGGUAAGUCAAAACAAAUUUGGGAAAGUGCAAUAAAUAAAUUAGAAAUAAUUCCUCAUGAGAAAAUUCACAAUGUACUAAAAGUAUGUUACGAGGGACUGAGUGGUGAUGAUAAGAAUAUAUUUCUAGAUAUUGCAUGUUUCCUUAAGUUGGAGAAUAUAGAAUUUGUGAUGGACUUCUUGAAUGCUUGUUACUUGGGGGCUAAAAGCGAAGUAAGUGUUCUCGAAGACAAGUGUCUCAUUACUGUAUCAAGAGAUAAUAAGGUAACAAUGCAUAAAUUGCUUCAAGAUAUGGGAAGGGAAAUUGUCCGACUAGAAUCCCUAAGCAAUCCUAGUAUACGUAGCCGUUUAUGGUACCAUAGAGAUAUUAAUAGUGUAUUGAAGGAAAACAAGAUGUCUAAUGCAAUCGAAGGCAUAUGUUUAGACAUGUCUCAGCAAGCAGAGGACAUAUACUUACAACCUUCUUCUUUAGGAGUGAUGGAUCAACUGAGAUUCUUUAAACUACAUAACUCAGUGGAUAAUAUCAAUAAGGUGUAUGUUUCCCACAGGCUUAGUUCUAUUUCCUCUGAGCUACGAUACGUAUGCUGGUGUGGAUGUCCACUGGAAUCAUUGCCGCCAAAUUUUCUGUCAAAGAACCUUGUUGCACUUGACAUGCCUCAUAGCCAUAUUGAUCAACUUCGGUCAAGUGUUCAGCUUGUUAAUUUGAAACGUAUUGAUCUAAGUUUUUCUAAACGUCUGAGAAGCCAAGAUCUCUCAUUGACUCCAAAUGUUAAAAUUUUGGUUCUGGAAGGUUGUACAAGUUUACAUGAGAUUUCCUCGUCCAUUCACGGUUGCAAAUAUGAGCUUCAUAUGUUAAAUCUACGGCACUGCCGAAGCCUUGAGAGUCUUCCAAAAGACAUUCAUGUAGCAUCUUUCGAAAAAGUUAUCUUUUCUGGAUGUUCGAAACUCAAGCAGUUUCCACAGGCCCCGUGGGAUAUGAAAGAGAUAUAUUUAGAUGAAACUGCAAUCGAGGAUUUGCCCUCAUCAAUAGAGAAUUUAUCCAGACUAGUUAUAUUAAAUCUUAAGGACUGUUCAAUGCUUCAGAGGCUUCCAAGCAAUAUCUGCCAGUUGAAAUCUCUUCAAUAUCUCAAUCUGUCGGGGUGUUUAAAACUUGAUGGAUUGCCUGAUAAAUUGGGAAAUUUAGAAGCUUUGAGGGUGCUUAAAGCAGAGAGGGUGGCUACAAGAGAAGUACCAACAUCCAUUCUAAAUUUAAGAUGUCUAGAAGAGUUAGAUCUGACCAACUGUAGUAUUGUGAAGUUGCCGAACAAUCUUGGUCAGUUAUCAUCGCUAAAAAGUUUACUUAUUGGCAGAAACUUCUUUAACAGCAUUCCAGAAAGUAUAGAACACUUGUCUGAAUUAUCUUAUCUUGAUGUAAGCUAUUGCGAGAGGCUUCAAAUCCUGCCAAAGCUUCCAAGCAAAUUGGACAAUAUAAAUGCAAACAAUUGCAUAUCAUUGGAAGAACCACUAAGUUUACGAGAUCUUCUGGAAAGAGGUUUUUCUGACAGCAUAAGAUUUAACUUCAGCAAUUGUUUCAAACUGAAUCAAAGUUCCUGCAGUGAAAUUAUGAGACAAUUUCGAACGUCAGUGAAUCUUCAAAUUUCAAGGGUAUGUAUGGUUGGGAACAACUAAAAGGUCUCCACACUCUUCCUUAUUUCUUAUAAUUUCCAUUACUGGUUAACUUCAAUUUAUUUAUUUAUUUUUUUACGGGGAUUGGGACAGGAAAUUUUUCUAGAAACUGAUAGAAGUUAUUUCUGUUUUCCGGGAAGUGAAAUUCCAGAAUGGUUUACCGUGUGUGAUACAGGUUCUUCUGUGAAGUAUCGAUGGCCAAAGUUUUGCAGUAGUGAAUUGACUUCUCUUCUUAUCUGUGUUGUGGUGGAGUUUCGAGACUAUAAUAAAGACCAAGGUUUGGCGAUUGGCUUGGACUGGUUUCUCCGGAGAGAAGAUAGAGCAAUAGAAGUUAUCCAUGGAACUUGGAGUGUAUGGGACAAUGGUACUGGACCCGACUAUGUGGAAUCAGAUCACGUAUUCCUGGGAUUUUAUCCUACUUUCAAGUUCGAUGAUCCACUUUUAGCUAGAGAUGGAAGUUAUCGUGACAUACGCAUCU